UGGCGAAGGCCGGGCCAGCACCCUUAAAGCAGCGCGCUAAGCACGGUCGACCGUCAUCGCUAACGUCAGUGAUGACAGCAGUGAGGUGGCGUGCAGGCCGUGGUGUUAAGCUCUCGCCGGAUAAAUGUGCGCGAUGUAUUAUUACGCCAGCAAGCUGACUGCGGCGGCUCUAAGCGGAGGUGGUUCCUUCGGCGGGGGCAGCGGCGGAGGAGCGGCGGGUGGUGGCGGUGGGUCGGCAGUAUGUCGAUGCCACGAGACGCACAGGGAACAGCAACAACAGCAGCAACAGUCGCCGAAAAGGAGUCAACAGCAGCCGGCCCAGGCCACCCGUCAUCAUUCCCGUACGCCCCGCGGGAACACCCCCACCCUCGGACCCACCACCUCCGAACACGUCGUUGUCGAGCAUCCAAGGCCCAACCAUUAUCAUCGUCAUCGCACCAAGCACAAGAGCUUGCCACAAACACCAGCUGGCGGUGUCGGUGGAAAAGGAAGCGGAAGUGCUGGCGCCGGUUCUGGUAUGGUCAAUGGCUCUGGUGCCGAUCAUCAAGAUAUUCGUGACGGUGCUGCUAUAAAUACAGAACACGCGUUGGUCUAUCGGGACGGGAAUCUGGUGUCGGGCUCGCUGGAAGCCCUGGUGCAGCAUAUGGUGCCCACUGAGGAAUAUUAUCCCGAUCGGGCGUACCUCUUCGCCUUUUUGCUGAGCGCCAGACUCUUCAUCAAGCCGCACGAGCUGCUCGGCGAGGUCUGCGCCCUCUGCGAACAUCAGCAAAACCUGAAUGGAGAGGGUGGCAAGGAACGUCUGCAGCGUUUCGUGCCGCGACUGGUGCAGCUGCUAGCCGAAUGGACGGAAACAUUCCCGUACGACUUCCGGGACGAGAGGGUGAUGGGCCACGUCAGGUCCAUCACACAGAAGGUCGCUGCGGUCGACGCUGCGGCCAGGCAGGAAGUUUCGGCAUUGCUGCAAAACUUGCUGCUUAGACUGACGGCCUUGGAAAGGUACGAGGAGGGUCUGGCCAGAUUGGCGACCGAGGCAACGACAGAGCAACUCUCGCAGGUGGACAUCACCGAGCUGUGUCCGUCAGCCACGGUCCUGGCGCAGCAAUUGACCCACGUGGAACUCGAGAGGCUCUCCUACAUCGGCCCCGAGGAAUUCGUCCAAGCCUUCGCCAAGGAAUCUCCUCAUUUGGAAACAUCGUUCAAGGACAUGAAGAAAACGCGCAAUCUCGAGUCGUACGUCCAGUGGUUCAAUAGACUGAGCUAUUUCGUCGCGACUGAAGUAUGCAAGCACGCGAAGAAGAAACAACGCGUUCGUGUGGUCGAGUAUUGGAUCGAGACUGCCCGCGAGUGCUUCAACAUCGGCAAUUUCAAUUCCCUCAUGGCGAUCAUCGCUGGCUUGAACAUGUCACCCAUAUCUCGCCUGAAGAAAACGUGGUCAAAGGUGCAGCUGGCGAAAUUCUCGAUUCUUGAGCACCAAAUGGAUCCGAGCAGCAAUUUCAGCAGCUACCGCAGCACACUGAAAGCGGCGAUGUGGCGUAGCGCCGGCGCUACGGACGAACGACAGAGGAUCGUUGUGCCCUUCUUCAGUUUGCUGGUCAAGGAUCUCUACUUCCUGAACGAGGGAUGCAGCAACAAAUUACCAAAUGGGCACAUCAAUUUCGAGAAGUUUUGGCAGCUGGCGAAACAGGUGACGGAAUUCAUCGCGUGGAAACAAGUUGCCUGCCCGUUCGAGAAGAAUCCGCGUGUCAUUGCUUUCCUUCAGGCGAGCCCGGUGCUGACUGAAAACGCUUUAGCUUUGGCGUCCUUCGAGUGCGAGCCACCCGACAACAAUCCAGAGAAAGAACGUUACAAGUCAUUGAAGUCCGAACUGAACGCCCAGUGAAAAAGAGCAACCAUGCAACGCAUCGAAUGGGAGCGAUAUUGAGACAGAGACGCACUCUUCUAAACUUCGUUCCAAACUAAUUAAUCAUUCGUGAAUCUCUCGUACGAAA